AUGGCCUCCCACCCAGACUUGAGUCUGCCUUCAACGGCGCCCAACACCGAGCGCCACCGCACCACGCUCAACGGGCGCUACAAAUUCGCCGUCUACACCAUUGCCGACCUCGACCAAAGCCAGCUGCAGGCCCUAGUGACGGAGCUGAAUUCAGCCGAGUAUGCAGACGACACGUGCAAGCUCGCCCCACAGCCCAGCUUCCCAGGCCGCCCCCUGCGCCACGUUUUCGACUACCACGUGCGCAUGAGGGACGAAGACACGACGCUUCACCCGCUGUAUUUCAUCGUCGCUGCCGAUGUCGACUACCAGACAAAGGGCCUUGUCGUCGUCCACCUCAACACCGCCCAGGAUGAACAGGAGGACAGCGUCGACAAGGCCCGGUGCGAAGUCGACAUGGCCGCGAGCUGGGGCACGAACCUCGACAUCGGAAACAUGGACUGGUCCGACCUCAAGGAAGAAGAGGAGCUGAACUACGGCCAUGGCGACGACCAGCCCGGCCAGCCCGCCGCCGACCAGCCAGCCCAGCCGGCUCCUGCGCCUGCUCCCGCCGUUCGCUGGCAAUACGGAUGCUGGAGCCUGGUGCCGCGUGUCCUCGGCCUCGUCGACUCUCUCGAGCCCGACCACAUGCUCAAGGCGCCCGAUGCGCUCCGCGUGCAGAUGGCAGGCAACUACUCGGGUCGCACCGACGGCUGGGCUGAGAUUUCCCGGCUGUACCCGUGGUUCUGCAAAUCGCACCCUUCCACGCACCGCCGGGUCGCCAUCGUCGUCGAUCGCCAGGAGUGGGACGAAGAGGACGGUGUGGCGCUGGUGAGGUACGACUGGGAUGGGGACGUAGAUGCUCACGAUGAUGUGGGGAUAGUGCAGUUGGGGUUGGAGGCGAGGGUGGUGAGGAGGGUGAGGGCGAGUGCGGCGGUGGAGGAGCUGGAUCGGUAUUGCAGGGAGGAGGGGUUGGAGUUGGCGGUGGAGUAG